AUGAACGCUGCCCAGACCCGCGGGAUUAUGACUACUCCCUUCGUUCCCUUGAGCGCCGCCCACCUCUAUCUCUCACUUCAACGUCCUACUCCCUCUCACUUGAUACCCCAGCCCUUGCACACCAUACUUCGGAUUGACGAGGAUUGCAGUCCAUUACGCCGUCCUGCGACUUUGGCUCAGGAUAUCUAUCACCUCGGCACUGCUCGUAAGUCUUGUCUUUUCGCUCUCUAUACGGGCUAA